AUGACAAGGGCAGAAAUAGUCAUUAUCUUGUUGUUUUGCUUGUGUUUCACUCUCCGAAACUUCGAAGUAGAUGAGCGGAUCCCAAAUUUAUCCGAAAAUGGAUAUUCGGAUUUGGAGUUGGAGGAACGUUUGAAAAUCAUCAACAAGCCUCCUAUCAAGAAUAUUCAAACAGAGUUUGGGCACAUUGUUGAUUGUAUUGACAUAAAUAAACAAUUAGCCUUUGACAAUCCUUUAUUAAGGAAUCAUAAGAUCCAGCUAAAACCUAGCUUUCAAGAAACAGCAACCGAACUGGAGGUAAAUGAAAAAAUAUUGUCUACACUUGGAAAGGAUUUGUGCCUUAGAGGAACAGUUCCAGUUCGUAGAGCAACCAAAGAAGAUCUCAUACGUGAAAACUUGUUCUCAAAUAAUAUUGGUUCCCUAACUCAGGAUACCCCAGACACUCAUUUUGCAGGAGCUCGUUUAAAUUUAACUCAAAAGGUGUAUUUCGGAAUUAAUGGAACUAUUAGUGUAUAUACCCCAACUAUUGGGAAGGACCAAAUGAGUUCUGCUUAUAUAUGGGUUUCAAAUGGAACAGAUCCUAACUACGAAAACAAUAUCCAAGCUGGAUGGCAGGUUUUUUCUUUUUCUCAAUUCCUCUAG